CGACAACAGGCGGAACACCCCCAUCCUAUAUGUGAUCUAGAGCAUAGCAGCCACGCCAAGAAAGAAAAUUGUGCCAUGCCCUCGAAUUCUUGUGCUUACGUCCCGUAAUAUGGUCCAGAAGCCCUCGGCUGAAAACAUGCCACCCGGGCACAGUGAGGAUGUCGCCAAGCAGUAACAUUGGUAUGGCAUCCGGUUGGCGCGGGCGGGGCCGCUGCGGCACCAAUUGGUCCCUGAUGCCGUUCGCACUUGGCAUUGCCCAACGAUUUCCCUCCCCCUUGCUUUGGCUCACAGUAGGUCGCUCGCGGGGAAGUUCUGCUAACCACCUUCGGGUACCAGAGCUGAUGGCUUCUCGACGCUCCAGCGCUACCGUGUUUUACCCCGAGAUCCAGCUCUUCGGCAAGGUGCGUUCUUGCGUUGGUAGUACGGUCCGGGGACCCAAGGUUGUUUUAGCCGCUUAUGGUGAUCCAGGGCCCCUCACCAUGUCGUGCGUCAAUAGCCCGCCUCAUCAGCACUCGGUCCAACGUGGAUUCAGUAUCCUCCAGGCUUAUGUGAGCUGCCAUGGCGCUAGCGGAGGUUAUAUUGCCCUAGCAACCGAUAUUCUUGGAAUACAAUGCUUGGCUGCACCAGGUUCUCAUGCCCAUUUGCUGGACGAGGGUACCGGGAAGGACAAGACAAACGAGAGGCAGAAAUGCAUGAUAUAUGUUCGUAUUCACCCCGCACGCGGAUCGGCGGUUCCUUUUGAGUUUCUCAGUGGAGGAAAAGAAAAAGAAAAUCAUGCAGGCCGUCGGGUGAGGUUACUUAGGGACCCGGACAUAGGCCUCGUCCUGACACGGGGUAUGUUCCCUUUGAAUAAAUGGCGCUACACCAAUUAGUUUAAUGCUUUGUGGGGUCAGGAUUAUACAGGUGUAGGCACCGGGGCCUCUUCAAGAAUUCUAGACUUUCAGUUGUAGCGGCAUAUAGCGCCCAGGUUCAGGCUUGGCAUGGCUAUGGAUGCAAAUGGAGUCCCAAGGUGAAUGGUGAGCUCCCUGAAGUACGCAUUCAAUCAAGUUGGAAUGAAGGAGAGAAUUUAACCGGAAUCGUAUUCAGAAUAUUGUGCGUAGAUAUACCUGACGUUAGGAGUUGGAUAAUUACGGAUCAAACGGUCAAGGGUGACUUGGAUCGUAUGAUCCUGUAGAGAU